AUGCCAAAUCAUCCGCCUACAGUCUCAAAAACGGUGCCAUCACAUCAUUUCAAGAUGGAUUUUCAUGCACCUGAUCUGGCCAAAGCAUGGAAAGAUUUCCUCAUUUCGUUCAGAAUUUACCUUACUGCACAUGAUUUAGAUAAUGAAGAAGACAGACGUAAAGUAGCCAUUUUGCUUAACAUUAUGGGUCCUGAUGCGUUGCCUAUUUUCAACUCAUUCGACUUAAAACUGGAAUCUACACCUCUGACAACACUUGUCCAGCGUUUUGAGGCAUAUUUCACGCCGAAAGUUAACCCUACGAUCGAGCGACACAAACUAUUCAACCGCAAGCAGGGUAUUGAUGAAGACCUAGAAACGUACCCCACUGCAUUAAAAAAUAUAAGUCUACAAUGUGCCUUUGAUGCACUUGCCGAUGAAAUAACCCGUGAUAUAUUUUCCUGGAACCUAAAUUCUGAAUGUACUUUCAUCAAAGAACGAAUACUGAUGGAAAAGCCUAAAACAUUUGAAGAUGCUGUGCAGCUAGCGAAGACAAUGAGGAAUAACAAGAUCGACACAAGGACAAUCACACAAGGUAUUAAUAAUGAGAUGGUAGCAAGAAUACACUCUUCAGGACAGAACCGUCAAUCAAAAUCACAAUCACAUCGUAGAUUAGGAUCAAGCAAUCAGUCAAGAUCAUCAAGCCGUCCCCAGGGUAACUGCAACAAAUGUGGUCAAGUUCAUCGAGUCCGUUGUCCAGAGGUAGGAGUCACCUGCAAGUCAUGUGGUAAAAGAAAUCAUUUUGCAAUAAUGUGUCAUUCUCGCCGUCAAAAUAAUGUCAAUGUAGUGUCAGUUGAAACAACAACAGGUCAAAAUAACUCUGAGUAUAUGCCUGAUUGUACUUAUUUUCUAGGUUCAUUAUUUUUAACUAACAAUGUCAACACAGUCAACCCAUUUGAGACUCAACUCAAUAUAAAUAAUUCACAAGUCAAGUUUCUCUUGGACACAGGUGCAGACACUAACAUAAUUUCUUUCAAUGCCUACAAAGCUCUUAAAUUUCCAUUAACACUGUUAAAAAAAAGUGAACACAAAUUAUCUACAUUUAGUGGAGAACUUUUACCCAGUGUAGAUAAUAAUAUAAAUAAA